AUGUGUCCUUCGUGCGAACCAGAGGCCAUUGCCAACGGUAAUGGGCAUACCAAUGGGCAAUCAAACGGAAAUGGUGCCUCCAAUGGCAACGGCAAUUCCUCUUCACAUCCCGGAUACACAGGCAUUGAGACCAAAGCGAACCCCCACCAUCGAUCGAAUCCUUACCAACCCGUCGGUGACUUUCUGAGCAAUGUCAACAACUUCAAGAUUAUCGAGAGUACCCUUCGUGAGGGUGAACAAUUCGCCAAUGCUUUUUUCGAUACUGAGAAGAAAAUUGAGAUCGCAAAGGCGCUGGACGACUUUGGGGUUGACUACAUUGAAUUGACCUCUCCUGCUGCAUCUGAGCAGUCGAGACUUGAUUGCGAAGCUAUCUGCAAGUUGGGAUUGAAGGCCAAGAUUCUCACACAUAUCCGAUGCCAUAUGGACGAUGCCAGAAUCGCUGUCCAAACCGGUGUCGAUGGAGUUGACGUCGUUAUUGGCACUUCAUCGUAUUUGAUGGAGCACUCCCACGGAAAGGACAUGACAUACAUCACCAACACCGCAAUCGAGGUUAUAAACUACGUCAAAUCACACAACAUCGAAAUUAGAUUUUCUAGCGAAGAUUCCUUCCGAUCGAAUCUCGUUGAUCUCCUCUCAAUUUACUCCACAGUUGACAAGAUCGGUGUAAACCGUGUCGGUAUCGCAGACACUGUUGGAUGCGCUUCCCCACGACAAGUAUACGACCUUAUCCGAACUCUCCGAGGAGUAGUGAGCUGUGAUAUUGAGACUCAUUUCCACAACGAUACAGGAUGUGCCAUAGCGAAUGCAUACUGUGCUCUCGAGGCUGGCGCUACACACAUUGAUACGUCGGUUUUGGGUAUUGGUGAGCGCAACGGCAUCACUCCUCUUGGUGGGCUUAUGGCCCGCAUGAUCGUUGCCGACAGGGAAUAUGUUAUGGGCAAGUACAAGCUUGACAAGCUCAAGGAUAUUGAGGAUUUGGUCGCACAGGCUGUUGAGGUCAACAUUCCUUUCAACAACCCAAUCACUGGCUUUUGUGCUUUCACGCAUAAAGCUGGAAUCCACGCCAAGGCAAUUCUAAACAACCCUUCAACAUACGAGAUCAUCAAUCCAGCAGAUUUCGGUAUGACAAGAUACGUCCACUUCGCUUCUCGUUUGACCGGUUGGAACGCCAUCAAGUCCAGAGCAGUCCAGUUGAAAAUUGAUAUGACUGAUGCUCAAUACAAGGAGUGCACAACCAAGAUUAAGGCUCUUGCCGAUAUUCGACCAAUUGCUGUGGAUGAUGCUGACUCAAUCAUUCGUGCAUUCCACCGCGGACUUAAGCUAGGAAAGCCAGUUGAUCUAUUACCCAACAUGACAGACGCAGAGAGAGCGGCUUUAGCAGAGAAGGAGAAGGAGAUUGAUAUACCCGAGAAGAGAUCUUUAGAUGAGGAGGCCAACACCCCAGUUCCAAGCAAGAAGAACAAGAACGGCAUCACAGCAUAA